UCUUAUCUCAUAAGUCAUAACAAUUACAAUGCCCGGGAGUUUAGAACCCUUGGAUUUGGGGGUUCACAUACCCUACCACUUCAGGUGCCCAAUCUCGCUCGAACUCAUGCGAGACCCCGUCACGGUCUGCACCGGUCAAACCUAUGACCGAGCCAGCAUCGAGUCAUGGGUUAGCACCGGGAACACAACGUGCCCGGUCACACGAGCCACUCUCACCGACUUCACCCUAAUCCCUAACCACACCCUACGCCGUCUUAUCCAAGAGUGGUGCGUCGAUAACCGCGCUUUUGGCGUCGAGCGAAUCCCCACUCCCAAACAGCCCGCAGACCCAGCCUUGGUUCGUUCCCUUCUCAACCAAACAUCCUCCGUUUCCGCUCCCGCAAACCUUCGCCUCAACUCGCUCCGUCGACUCAGACAACUCGCUCGCGACUCCGACAAGAACCGCUCCCUCAUUGCCUCGGCCUCGCACAACGUCCGCCAGAUCCUACUCUCCAUCGUUUUCGACGCCGCCGCCGACGACUUGCGCCACGAGUCGCUCGCGCUACUCGUCAUGUUUCCACUCGCCGAGUCCGAAUGCGCCGCGCUCGCCUCCGACUCGGAGAAGAUUAACUACCUCUCGCGGCUGCUGUCUCACAACUCGUUCGACGUCCGAGUCAACUCGGCCGCGCUGAUCGAGAUCGUCGUCGCCGGGACGCACUCGCCGGAGCUCCGCGCGCAGGUCAGCAAUGUCGACGAAAUCUACGACGGAGUCGUGGAUUUGCUCCGGAAUCCGAUCUCGCACCCGCGCGCGCUCAAGAUCGGGAUCAAGGCCUUGUUCGCGCUGUGUCUUGUGAAGCAGACGCGCCACAAGGCGGUGGCCGCCGCCGCGCCGGCGGUGCUGGUCGACCGCCUCGCGGACUUUGAAAAAUGCGACGCGGAGAGGGCGCUGGCGACGGUGGAGCUCCUCUGCCGGAUUCCGGAGGGAUGCGCGGCGUUCGCCGGCCACGCGCUGACGGUGCCGAUGCUGGUGAAGAUUAUUCUGAAGAUAUCGGACCGCGCGACGGAGUACGCCGCCGGAGCGCUGUUGUCGCUGUGCUCCGAAUCGGAGCGGUGCCAGCGGGAGGCGGUGGCGGCGGGGGUGCUGACUCAGCUUCUGCUUCUGGUGCAGAGCGAUUGCACGGAGAGAGCGAAGAGGAAGGCGCAGAUGUUGCUGAAGCUUCUUCGGGAUUCGUGGCCGCAAGAUUCCAUCGGAAUUUCUGACGAUUUUGGAUGCAGCCAGGUCGUUGUGGUUCCUUUUUGACCAUUUUGUUGUAAUAAUCUCCAUAAUUUUAGUGAAAAACAAAAUUGUUUAGAUUUGAAGAAAGGAAAAAAAAAAUGGACAAAGAUUGUGAAGUUGAAGCUUAAUUAGAGUCUUUUUUUCCUCUUUUUUUGUUUAGAUUGGUAAAUAAAUAGAACUGCAAUUCUGUAUUUAAUUAUUUUUCUUAUCUUUGUUUUGUAUGUAACGAUUAUUGUGAAGAACGAAAGCAAAGUGUUACAUCAGAGGUUGUAAUUUUUGUAAGAUGGAAAAUAGAGCUAACUUUUUUCCUUU